CUAUUGACCUCGCCAAAAAUUGUAUACACUAAAAAAUCAAAUACUAUUCACAUAUUUCUACUUCAAAAAUACUUCUUAAUAGAUCAUCUUCAUAUGGAAAAUAUAUUAAUACAGAUAAUAGAAAAAUGUUUAAAUACUCCUCUGAAGAAAUGUUCCAGUAAUUAAGUCUGUUGCCAAACAAACAAACCCUUUCCAGCUUGAAAGAGAAUGUCCAGAUAAGUUAGCAUGUGUAUUUGAAAGUGGUGAAGCAACUAGAUAUAUUGAAUACGAAUUUCAUACAUUUUAGAAAGUAUGGGGUUUUGUGUGUGUUUAUAUGAGCAUUUGCCAAAUUAGAUGGGAACUCUCUUUCAUACUUAGCUAUUUUUCUGAAAUGAUGAAUUCUGGAUUUUUGGUUUUUAUUUUGUAUUUCAGUUCAGUCAUUUUGAGUCACUUAUAGUGAGCAUGUCCACUGUUUUCAGUGCCUGGCUAUGGAUUUCCCUUGCAAGUUGUACUUUUUUGUUUUUUUAAUUUUGACAAUUGAUCUGGCUUUGAUGUAUUUACAAGGUGAAGCCCCAACUGCCCCCAAAUUCCUUGUCUUCCCUUUCUUGGCAGAGCAAAUCAACUUUUUUGACAUAUUAAUGUCACCAUACAGUAAUAGUCCACUAGAGGGAAUUCCGUAGAAAAGUUAUCAAAAGCAUUGUGCUUCCUGUCUAUCAUAGUAUAUUUUUAGCAUGGCAGAUCCUUAAUUAAUCAAAGUAAAUAGCUUUUCUAAAUGUAUGCAGUGCCAGUGGGAAAUAUGAACAGGGGACAUAAGUAGCCAGAAAUCUUUGGUCCCAUUUGAUCCCCUUGGUACCAAUGUUGCCCUAGGUUGCAAUCAAUACCAAGUAAGAGAGUAUACAUCAUUGUUUAUUUAGAGAAUAUAUAGCCAGUUCAGUCUAAUUUGAGGCUGGAGUAACUUUUAAAAAAGAAAAACCUUCCACAGCUGUGGAUAAUAAUGCAAGAAGGAAUAUUAAGUAUUAAACUCUUCACCCAACUUCAACUCUAUUUGAAUGUCCAAAAAAAGUUGCGUGAACAGAUUGGCUGUGUAUUAAGCAGAUGUCCUUGGUAGAUUUGGGAAAGAAGCUUUUAGAAGCUGCACGAGCAGGUCAAGAUGAUGAAGUUCGCAUUUUGAUGGCAAAUGGAGCACCUUUUACCACAGACUGGUUGGGAACAUCACCACUUCAUCUAGCAGCACAGUAUGGGCACUAUUCAACAACAGAAGUGUUACUUCGAGCUGGUGUAAGUCGGGAUGCGAGAACAAAAGUGGACAGAACUCCAUUACAUAUGGCAGCAUCUGAAGGCCAUGCAAACAUAGUAGAAGUCUUACUUAAGCAUGGUGCUGAUGUUAAUGCAAAGGACAUGCUAAAGAUGACUGCUCUUCACUGGGCUACAGAACACAAUCACCAGGAGGUGGUGGAGCUCUUAAUAAAAUAUGGAGCAGAUGUCCACACGCAAAGUAAAUUUUGCAAAACUGCAUUAGAUAUUGCAAUAGACAAUGGGAAUGAAGAUGUAGCAGAAAUAUUACAGAUUGCAAUGCAGAACCAAAUCAAUACAAAUCCAGAGAGUCCUGACACUGUGACAAUACAUGCAGCUACACCACAGUUUAUCAUUGGACCUGGAGGGGUGGUGAACCUAACAGACGAGACGGGAGUAUCUGCUGUACAAUUCGGAAAUUCAUCAACAUCAGUAUUAGCUACAUUAGCAGCUUUAGCAGAAGCAUCUGCUCCUCUGUCCAACUCUUCGGAAACACCAGUUGUAGCAACAGAAGAAGUCGUGACUGCAGAAUCUGUGGAUGGUGCAAUUCAGCAAGUUGUCAGUUCUGGAGGUCAACAAGUUAUUACUAUAGUUACAGAUGGCAUUCAGCUUAGUAAUCUCCAUUCAAUUCCAACCAGUGGAAUAGGUCAGCCAAUCAUUGUGACCAUGCCAGAUGGACAGCAAGUAUUAACAGUACCAGCAACAGACAUUGCUGAAGAAACUGUGAUCAGUGAAGAACCACCAAUCAAGAGGCAGUGCAUUGAGAUUGUUGAAAAUCGUGUGGAAUCUGCAGAAAUAGAAGAGAGAGAAACUCUACAGAAACAGCUGGAUGAGGCAAAUCGAGAAGCACAAAAGUAUCGACAGCAGCUUCUAAAGAAAGAGCAAGAAGCAGAGGCCUAUCGGCAGAAAUUAGAGGCAAUGACCCGUCUCCAGACUAAUAAAGAAGCUGUUUAAAUAUUGAAAUGGACAUAUUGCAAAGUCUGUUACUUUCAGUCAAGAAAACUGCAGUACAAUCUUGCACUGUACACUGUAUAGGUACAGAAAUGGGAUUACACAAUAGCAAAGAUGCUACAGGUUGAUAACUGGACUUAAGCCAUGAGCUCUGAUGAAUUUCUUGUAACAUAAAAGCUGAAUUUAGAAAUUGUGAAAAGUAUUUAAAAUGAAAUACUGUAAAUAGUUGUUUUUUUUACAGUUCCAAAGUGAGUUGAUAAAUCUUUUUGAAGGGAUCCAGAAACACAAGAAGCCAAUGUUUUUGUGAAAUUUUGGAUUUUAGUAUAAAUCUAAUUUCUGAAAAACAGAACAGUUUUAAGGGUGAUGUUGCUGAUUAAGAUUGACAGUUUGAAAAUGAAUUAUGUGACAAAAUGAAUUAAUAGUUAUUCAUAUAAGGAACAACUUAGACCUGAUGAAAAUCUUUGUACAGCUUUAAGUAGUUGUCUUAGAUUUUCUGAAAACCCUUGUUUUAGAAAGUGAAAAUUUUAUAUUUAAUUUCCAAUAUAUCCAAGUAGAUUUACAUGUAUAUGAAGCUAAUAUUUUUUAAACUUUUCAGUUUGUACAUAUGCUGCAUGUUUUUAUAAUUUCUACUCACAUCUUGCAUAGAUAUUUUUCAGCAAAGAUGAGGGAAAUUGAGAGGAAAAAAUGCUUAGCCUAAAUGUCAUUUGAAGUAAGCUAGCAGCCAGUUUUAUUGUGAAUGGUAUAUUUCUUGGAAGAAUGUAAUUUGUAAAAAUUAAAAAAAACUUAAUUUACGUAAUACAGACAUUAUUUGAAAAUGCUGACAGUGGGGGGCAUUGAAACUUCACUUUUCUGUGUGUCUUAUAACUUUCAUGUAUAAACAUUUUUAAAGUACAGAAGUAUGAAAGACUGUCUCCACAGGAACCCACAUAGCAAUUCCUUUAAAAUAUUCUUAUUAAGUCGUUUCCCCAAUAAUCUUCAGAUUAUCUCAAGGACACAUUUUAUAAACAGACUUUUGCAUUUAAAUUAUGCACCUGGACCUGAAAGUUUGGUGUUGUUUUGGUGCUCUUGUUAUCUAUCAUCAUUGUGCUUCACUGUGAUAAAUGUGUCUGUCUGUGCAGUGAUCUGUACGAAUACUUAGCAUUUAUAUAGUACUUUACACCUUCAAAGUGUUGUAUAAUCAGUAAAGAAUUAAUCAUCACUAUGUCCCCUAUGGUAUGGACAUUAUUGUCCCCAUUUUACAACUGAUGUAAGCGUGACACAGAGAGGUUAAGUGAUUUGCCCAAGGCCACAUAAGUCAGUGGCAGACCCGGGAAUAGAACUCAGGAGUUCCUGGCUCCUAGUCCCGUCCUUAGGUCACGCUGCCUUAAGACUGUUCGAUGCCGUGUUACAUUCAACUUUUAACUAUUGUUCGGAUUCCUUUUUUGUAAAACAUAACUUGUCUUUUAUUUGUGCUUUGCUUUGUCUUUCCAUGUUUCACUGCUUUUAUGAUAUUGUUUAUAUAAACUUAAACAAAGUCUAGUUUACCUAUACUGUAUUCAAAGGCAUUGCCCUUAAAACUGUACUCUGGCCUACUUUUUCUAUUUUACAAUUAAAUAUCUUUUCCACA